AUGAGCACUACCAAGGCACCUACUCCCAACAGAGUUACCUUUGGCUUGGAGCGGAUUCCACUCAUCCAGUUCUGCCACCUGUGGAAGGUGGGCGACCUCCUUCUCACCGCGUUCCUCUCCCUCGUAUACUUCUUCCACAAGGACAACGCACCGUUUGAACGCCAGUUCUACCUUGGCGACAUGACCAUCUCCCAUCCGUUUGCCGAAACCGAGCGCGUAUCCAAUACGAUGCUCUUUGUGUACUCUAUGGUGCUCCCCGUCUGCGUCAUCACCGUGGUGUCGUUGCUCGUUACGCCAAAGCCUCACAAAGUGAAGGUGACCUAUUUGUCAUUGGUUGCGUUAUUAGUUUCGUUUUUUGUGUGUACGUUGGUCACUGGAAUUCUCAAGAACGUCAUUGGCCGCCACAGACCGGACUUUUUGGCCAGAUGCAUACCGAAGGAGGGAACCCCGUUGCUCGCGAUGGUAUACGCUAAGGACGUCUGUACCACCAAAAAUAUUUCCCGGUUACAGGAAGGCUUCCGCACCACCCCUUCCGGCCACUCCAGCUACUCCUGGGCUGGCUUGGGCUUCUUGUCGUUGUGGUUGUACGGCCAAAUGGCGCUGUCACAACCGGGAGCGGGCUCCUGGCGCGCGAUUCUCGCGUGGGUCCCGAGCUUCGGGGCGGCUUUGAUCGCUAUUUCCCGUACCGAAGACUACAGACACCACUUUGUGGAUGUAAUUUUAGGCAGCAUCCUCGGUAUGAGCAUUGCUUGGUGGUCCUAUAGACGUUGUUUCCCAGAGGUGACGCGUUUGGACUCCCAUAUCCCGUACAUUGUGGCCCAGGAGCUCUCCCUGAGCGCUGAGGAACAGGGAUAUACUCAGGAGUUGUUUGAAGAGAAUAUUUAG